AUGCCUCGAAAAGACGUCAAAAUGAAGUGCAAAGUAAUGAAGAAAGGCAAGAGUUCAGUCACUGUUACCAAUGCCUAUGGUUUGGGUGCCGGCGCUGUCCUCGACAUCACCAAAGAGAGGAAUGGUAUCCAAAGACAAGUGGAUGAGAGCCAGAGAUUGAAACAAUUGACUCAACCUUUAUAUGACAAAUACGUGAAAUCAGUUGAGGAGAAGAAAUCGAGUGAAGACGACAUUCUGGUUGUCAUCGAAGGCGGGAAAGCGGGGGAAGAGGUGAUCGCCACCAAAGAGGGUCAUCUCACAGCUAAAGGCGCCGUCGCAUUCAAAUUGGGAUCAAUUACUUCGGUCAACAAAAGCGGAUAAAACUUUGAAUCAAUAAAUUUCAAUAACUUUCUACUAAUGGUUAUAACAAAUAAUG